UUUCCAACCCCAAGAACGCAACUCUGACCAGCCGCUGCUCUGCGCGCUGCCGAACUCCGUCUUGCUGCAACGAGUCUUCAGGGCAGCCUGCGAAGAUGCCUGCACCACGAAAAGACAGUUGCCGACGCAAACGAAACGUAGGCGGCACUGACAAACCCUAUCAUGCUGAGGCCAGGCAACUGGAUUACCCAUCUGAUGCGAACAGAGGAGGAGGAAGAGGAGGGAUCGGAGGAAGUGGACAAGGAGGACGACGUUGCUAACGGCGAAGCUAGAAGUGCCGGCGCCACAGAAGAAGACCCAAGGCUCUGCCCCGGCAGAAAAAUUAGAGGCGGCUAGAUGGGGUCCGAGCGCAUGGGGAGGGCUGGGGGGCAGGUCUGCAGAACGCUCCAAACGGCGUUUGACAAACUUGACGCCACUUUUCGUGGUGGCCCUGCAACAGAAGCUUGCCGCCCCGGCAAGGCGCCGCGGCCCUCUCGGACCGCGCGGCCCCGGCGGGGCCGGGGCCGCCCGGGCCUUUUCCAGCGGGUGCGCCGUCGGCCUUUGUACAAGCGCGGCGGGGGGGAGAGGUCGCGGCCCCCGCGCUGCCCCCCUCCCCCCCGCUCCUGGCCUGCUCGCGUGGGGAGCCCACGCAGCGCAGAGUCCCCCCUCACUCGUCAGGCGCUGCAGCCGACGCAGUCGUACUUCGGCGCGCCCGCCUUCAGCGCGUCGAUGGCCUGCUUCUCCACCGACUGUGCCGUGCUGGCCGCCGCGGAGGCCACGAGCACCUGCCGGAUAGCCGCCCGCGCUCUCCGUGAGCGCCGGCCUGGUGCUCGCGCGCUUCACCUUCUCCACGUCCACGGUGAACUUGAUCGCGUCCGCGGCGGCCUUGGUGCGAAGGUAGUACAUGCCGGUCUUGACCCCAGCUGCCAGCCGUGGAAGUGCAUGGAGGACAGCUUGGAGGCCGAGGCGUCGACCAUGUGGAUGUUCAGGGACUGCGACUGGUCGAUGUACUUCCCGCGGUCGGCAGCCAUGUCGAGCACCACCCUCUGCUUGAUCUCCCAACCGUCUUGUAGAGCUCCUUCAGAUCAGACGGCAAGUCCAAACCCUGCACGCUGCCGUUGUGCGCGAUCAGCUGCAUGCGCAUGUCCUCCGUCCACAGGUCACGCCGGAUCAAGUCGCGGAGGAGGUGCCUAUUGACGGUCACGAACUCGCCAGACAGCACGCGGCGUACGUACAGGUUCUGCGUGUAAGGCUCGAACGACUCGUUGUUCCCCAGGAUCUGCGCCGUGCUCGCGGUCGGCAUGGGAGCGACCAGCAGAGAGUUCCUGGAGACCGUGCUUGGCAAUCUUCGCCUUCAGGCCGGCCCAGUCCCAGCGCCCGCUCUUGGGCGUCUGCUUCCAGAGGUCGAACUGCAGCAGGCCGCGGCUCGCGGGCGAGCCCUCGAAGGUCUCGUACGGCCCGUCCCUCUCAGCCAGCUCGCAGGACGCCUCGCAGGCCGCAAAGUAGAUGGUCUCGAACACGUCCUCGUUGAGCCUCCUCGCGGCCUCGCCCUCGAACGGCAGCCGCAUCAUCAUGAAGGCGUCGGCCAGGCCCUGCACCCCGAGGCCCACAGGCCGGUGCUUCAUGUUGGACGUCCUGGCCUCCUCGACCGGGUAGAACUUCCGAUCGAUGACCAUGUUCAGAUUCUUGGUCACCACCUU